GGUUGAGAGUCUCGUCUUUAUUUCUAUAAAAAAAAGUCAUUGUUUUUUCAAUGGCUUUGUAAUGAUAAUUUCAUUCUAAACCGGAUGUUAGUUGGUUAGAUUUGGUUGAAUAAAGUUCGAAUAAAUUAUAUGGCAUCCAUGGUUAGGUAUCCAUGAUGAUCAUCGUUACACAAAGAACAUUUUCUAUACAUAACGAUUAAUUUCUGUUCUGAUCUCAGACAAACAAUGUGGACAGACAGACAAACAUACAGAUGUCCGGGGAAGAAAAUCAGCUGUACGAAUUUCCACGUGAAUUUUCUUUUCUGUAAAAAAAAUUAACAAUGAAAACAAUAACAUUCAUAACCGGAAACAAACAUAAAUUGAAUGAAAUUAUAAAUAUAAUUGGUGACAAUUCAAUGUUUCAAAUUGUCCAUCGGAAAAUUGAUUUGCCAGAAUAUCAAGGAGAUUUAGAAUUUAUUGUAGAAGAAAAAUGUAAAAGUGCUAUCCGUAUUGUAAAUGGACCAGUAUUGGUCGAGGAUACUUCACUCAACAUUACAGCCUUGAAAGGAUUGCCUGGUCCUUAUAUAAAAUGGUUUAUGGAUGCAAUAGGCGCUGAUGGUCUGCCUAGAAUAAUAAAAGAUUGGAAUGAUAAAACAACAACAGCCAUUUGUAUGAUGGCUUUCAUGGAACAUAUCGAUGGCCCUGUUCAUAUUUUUCGCGGUAUGAUCGAUGGAAAAAUUGUUCAUCCAAGAGGCCGUCUUGAUUUUGGUUGGGAUCCUUGUUUUCAGCCAAAUGGAUAUCAACAAACGUAUGGAGAAAUGGAUUAUUCAUUAAAAAACACUAUAUCACAUCGUUUCAUUUGUACAACAAAAUUGAAAGAAUUUCUACUCAAUUAUAGUUUUAAUUAAUGUUUUUCAAUUUGACAUUCUAAUUUAUCACAAAAAUGUUUUAAAAAUAGUGGCUUUACUUGAUCAAUGGAAAUAUUCUUAUUUAAUUCA